CUGACAUGGUCGAGAUCUCGUUGGGGGCCAACAGGGCUGCCCAUCCUUCCGGUUUUUCUGUCUCGGCCGCAAUCGCGAUUUCUUCUACUUCAAAAGUUGUCGAUAACGCUGAAGUUAUUGCAGAACAUUGGCCAAAAUACUCCACGGUGUCUUUUUUUCAUCUUGGCAAGUCUUCACCGCGUCCUCCAGACCUGCCAUUGGUCUCACCUAGGUUCUACCAGUCAAAAAUCGAUUGAACUUCGCAAAUCUACUGACGGGCUGAGAUUUGCCAUCACGCGCUGCGCAAAUCUCAGGCUGAAGAAUGAACCGGGCUCUUAAUACCGACAUGAAAUUUAAACCAGAUUCACCAGGAGCCCUGCAGGUGGAAGAGAAUACGAAGAUUGCGGUGCCAUUCAAAUCACCUAUGUUGGGAGUCUCAAGUCCACCUGCAGAGCUUGGAAAGUGGGACGACCACGACACGACAGGUGCGGAGACAGAUAAAGGGAAAAUAUACGAGAGGCCAAUUGAAAUUGGGAAAUGGGAUGCCAAUGACGAGUUGCCCCCAGAGCCCGGAGAGACUCCAGAAAAGCCACCGAAGGACAAAUACGUCAAACUCGGCUCAAGGCUAGGACCGGUAGCCGGAGUCAAGCGCAUGGGCUUUCUCGAGUUCAAGAAUCGCCACAAUGAAGAAGAGAAUUACUAUACCAUUGAGGUGCUCAUGGCAGGAGCUGAUGUCCACAAGGAAAUGCGAGAUGAGCAGCGGAGAAGAAUAUCCGGACGGGCCCUACCCCGAACCUUCAAGAACGUCUCAAACAAAGAGAAAGAUGGCCCGGCUACCGAUGAGCGGUGGAUUCAGCGUGUGAGGAUUCGGUCUCCAUACAUGCUCGCUCUUUUGAGCAACGCCGCAGGAUUGGAGUGGAGUGAAGAGCUCGAGCCGCGUACAUUCAUGCGGCCUUUCAAGAUAUUCAUUCACUUUCAUCCACGGAUGAGGAUGAAGCUCGUCGAGCUGGAAGCCAAAUGGGCAGAUGAGAAAGCUGACACAGCCGAAAACGCGGCGAAGAGCACAGAGAAAUCAGGGACUACCACACAAUCCGACAAAAAACUUGACCCUGAUAAGAGAGACAAGGAAGACAGGUUCAUCAAACGUGUAUCAACAUUUGAGUCCGAGAAUUCGGAGAGCGAGGCAGAAAGGGAGGUAGCCCGACAGCACAGAGAAGAGUCUCUGAUCGAUAGUCGUGAGGCACUGAUCCACUUGAGAUCAUACAUACAGUUUGUGGACUCGGAAAUCAUACCACUACAUGAACAGUUCUAUAAGGGCCCCGACUCCAAAUCUCAGGCUCGCUGGGAAGAUUUGUGGUAUCUCUUCCGACUGGGCGAAGAAGUCUGCAAACCUGUGCAGGGGGGCUACUCCAUCAUCUCGUUGACGGACCGGCUACACUCACUAUGGAGGGUCUACAGAGUGGACUGCCCCUCACUCGACUACAGAAGCCUCGACAAUCAAGCAUCCAAACGACGAAGGACUCGCCGUAAGGGUCGCCGUGGCUCCGACUCUCGAAGCAGCAAGUCUCACAGCAGUCGCUCGAUGAGCUCCGAUUCCGACGUCUCGAGUAGUUCUUCUUCAUCCGGUGGACCAAUCUCGGAGGAUGAGGUCCUUUACGAUUUAGACUCAAGUCAGUAUCAGCAGAGAGCAUGCAAAAUCUACUGUUACUCGAUCGACUUCGAUGGCGACCUCUACGGCCCACAGAAACAGAUUUUCAAGAUAUCCCAGUUCCGCGGCAAGCGCGACAUUCGCUCCCUUCCGGUGUUCCCCUUGAUCUUCGACGAAGAGCGACAGAAGACCGUAGAUGCUCUGGCAGAGCAAGGCCGCAAAUUCCAAGAGUGCACUAGGACCAAAAGGCUGUACUACAGUGGUUGGCCUUUCCGCGGCGGCCAGCAUCCAAUGCAUAUCGACAGCGAGGUCAUUGUCGAUGCCAAGGAGGCCAUACAAUCCAAGAAGAUGAGCACCGCACCUAGAGCCCCCGGGAUGCCUGGCGGGGGAUGGGAAUGGUUUGCUUCGGUUCCUUUUUCAUGGCCCACGAAACGAUUCGUGAGCAGCAGCUACUUCAAGACCUCACGCGACCGAUUUCAGUUCCAGACUGGUCCGAGCAUGCACAGCGUCACCGGCUUCCCUGCCGCUGGCUCUCAGGGAAGCUGGGACCUCGUGCAGAUCGAAGAAGGCGUAGACGUCAUACGCAAGAAUGAGUACAUCAAUCAUGAUGAAUUCCUCACGGCAUUCCGCCAGCGACAUCCCAGCGCAUCUACCAAGGAACUGCAUAUUAUCAGCGAGCGCGACAUUCUUCUCCUGCCUCGGCGCAUGUUCGGUUAUGUACUCCGCGACCGCAAGUUCGCUAAUCUUGACAUCAGCCGUAUUAGCACAGAAUUGCCCUACCACGUCAACGGGUUUGAGGACCUCAAGAUUAAGCAUUCUCAUAAAGAAAUGUUAAAGUCGCUCGUUGCUACGCAUUUCGUCAAAAAGGACAUCGAGAGACUGCCAGGCAUGCAGCUCAUCAACCAGGACAUUGUUCAUGGCAAGGCUCGAGGGCUGGUCAUCCUGUUACAUGGGGUUCCGGGCGUGGGAAAAACGGCCACGGCCGAAGCUGUGGCUCAGGCCAACAACAAAGCUCUUUUCAUCAUUACUUGUGGGGACUUGGGGUUCGCUCCCGACAAGGUCGAGGAGUCUCUCACGGAGAUCUUUCGUCGGGCACAUAUAUGGGACUGCGUCUUACUCCUGGACGAAGCAGACGUCUUUCUGUCCCAACGGACCAAGACAGAUCUCCAGAGAAACGCACUUGUUUCAGUGUUUCUCAGAACACUCGAAUACUACAAUGGUAUUCUAUUUCUCACCACCAACCGAGUUGGCGCCUUGGACGAAGCCUUCAAGUCCCGCAUCCAUCUCAGUCUCUACUAUCCGCCCCUGAGCUGGCAGCAAACCAUGGACAUAUUCGACAUGAACAUCGAACGCCUACGACAAAUAGACGCACAACGCAGUGCCGCUUCUGGAGAACUGCCACUAGACAUUCGCAAGGAUGAGAUCAUCCGCUUCGCCCAAGACCAGUUUGAUAACUCUCUCAACGUCCGGCGCAACUGGUGGUGGAAUGGCCGCCAAAUCCGCAACGCCUUCCAGAUCGCCUCCUCGCUCUCCUACUACGAUAUGCGCAAUAAAGAUAAUAACCACAACAACCGUCCAUCCUCCCAGCCCGAUCCCGGCCCGUCUCACCCCCAGCUAGGAGAGAGCCAGUUCCGCAAAGUAGCAGAUGCCACCACCGAGUUCGACAACUACAUGAAGGAGACGCACGGCCGAACCGACGCCGAGCUCGCCUUUGAGUUCGGCCAUCGCGUGAAUGACAGCCAGCCCCUGGCCCAGCUGGCUAGGAUGCAGCAUAAGUCGGAGUAUUCGUACAGUAGUGUGCCGUAUUCUGGUCAUCGACCGCCGCCGCCGCCACAUAUGGGCGGCGGCCAGCAUCAUCAGCCCGGGGGAACAGGAAUGGGACGGCCGGGGAUGAUGGCAUCGCACAUGUAUGGACCGGAUACGGCACCAUCGCAGAGGGCCAGGUCGCCCAAUGCAGGGAUGAAUUACGGCACCGCGACUGGCCAGGAUCAGUACGCAAACCCUGGUUUCCCGAGAGGAGGAGGGGGUCCCGGAUAUGGCGAUGCUGGAGAUGGGUCCGCGUCAGGGCUGUAUCCGGGGCCGAGCUAUAGCGGCUCGGGGAACGGGUCACAGCAGAGCUUUGAGAGGUACUAGAGCUGGUACUACAGAACGCGUAUUGCAUCAUGUCCAAAGUUACUUAUGAACAGUGCUUGUGUAACGUAGUUGUCUCUUUCUGCUUCUAGUGUGUAGCAUUUGAUCUGCGGUUGGUAAGAAGAGAAAAUUUACAUUUAUUGACAGCGU